CUCCCAGGCCUCAGCCUCAGUCUCUCCCGACUCUCUCACCCUGUGCUGGCUGGCCCUCCUCUCCUAACCGUGGACCUGAAACUGCAGCACGUCGACUUCUGGGCCAGCCUCCAUGGCCAGGUCCCGGGGCUGCUGGACUGGGACAUGGGGAACGAGUCCUUUCUGGCCUUCGCCACGUCGCACCUGCCCUUAGCCGAACAGAACCUUGCCAGAUAUAAACUCCGAAUAGUUCAGCCACCAAUGCUACCUCUGGAAAAAAAACCCAACCCUGAUAAAGAUGGUCCAGAUUUUGAGCCCAACCUGUGGAUGUGGGUAGACCCCAACAUCAUGUUCCCCCCUGGAAAGCUGGAGGUCCCAGAACCCAGUAAGGGGAAGAAUCUGACAACCACAGCUGCCUCCCCUCAGCCAGUCCCAAAAGAAGACUUUGCCAAAUGUCCGGAGGCCACAGAGGUGGGGUUGCUGUCACCCCCUGGAGACCAGUGUUCCCCUUGGAAGCAGUUUGCCACCUGCCUCCGCAACUGGGAGCUCACAGAAGAGAAGGAGGCUGAGGACCAGGAUGACCGCUCCUCUGUGGCUCUCCCGUCCUCUCACAAACCGGCCCCCCUCCAGAGUCGGAGGCUUCGGCAAGCCAACAGCCAGGAGGGGAGGCUCUGGUCCAGGCCCCCUCUCAAUUACUUCCACCUAAUUGCACUGGCAUUAAGAAACAGUGCCCCCUGUGGCCUCAACGUGCAACAGAUCUACAGUUUCACUCGACAACAUUUCCCCUUUUUCCGGACGGCUCCUGAAGGCUGGAAGAAUACCGUGCGUCACAAUCUCUGUUUCCGAGACAGCUUCGAGAAGGUGCCGGUCAGCAUGCAGGGUGGGGCCAGCUCCCGGCCCCGAUCCUGCCUCUGGAAGUUGACUGACGAGGGACACCGCCGCUUUGCAGAAGAGGCCCGUGCCUUGGCCUCCACCCGGCUGGAAAGGAUCCGACAGUGCAUGAGCCAGCCAGGUCCCAGGAAGAAGAGGGUCCUGAAUCCUAAGCUCUGGUUUCAGCGGAUCUGGCCUUAGCUUGCCUCACCUGUGCUACGUACACAUCUUUAUCCCUGUCCACAUUCUUGUUGAUGUUUGGUUUAAGCCACAAGUGGAUCCCAAAAGGCAACAGAUCAGAAGGAAAGAACAUACAAUAUAGCCUUUGUGGGAAAAGGAACUCGGAGAAAAAUCUGCCUUUGCUCAUUUGUUCUCUAGCAGACUAUUGUACUCCCACACCUACCUCCUCUUUUUUUGUUCAUUCAACAGCUAUUCAUUUUGAGCUUUCAUUAUGCCAGGCCCUGUGCCAGCUGCUAGGGAUAGAGUGAAACCCAAAAUGACUCCUCCCUCACAGAUAGCAACCUCCCUCACAGUCUCAAAGGAUAUUAAACAGACACCCUAGUAAUGUACAAUGAUGAUAAAUCUUAAUAAGGUAGACUUAGGUUAUUGUGAGAGAGACAAUAUGGAUACUCAACCCUAAUUGAAGAGGAGGUCAGAGAAGGCCUUUCUAAGAAAGGUAUUUUAACUGAGACCUGUUUAAUAGAGUAGCCAGGCUGAAGCAUGGUAAGGAAAAGUGUUCUAGCAGAGGGAACAGAAUAGACAAAGCUCAGGAAGUAGGAACCUCCUCACUUUGGCCUAUUGAGAGAAUGGGGAUGGGCUACAGAAUAUGGUAACCAAGGUUAUGUUGGGAAGGGAGGCCGAGACCAGACCCUUCUAAGCUAUGAUAUGAAAUUGAGAGGUUUUGGUUUUUUCCCAAGUAUAGUGAAAAGUAAUUGAAGUAACUGACAUAACUCCCUUUAAUUUUUUAAAUGAUGCUUAGCUAUUCACUGAAGGUGGCUUGUAGGGGCAAAAGUGGAAGCAGGAAGCCUGUAGGGAGAUGACUGCAGAAUCCAGAUGGCAACAGAAAGGGGAGAAGCAGCCCAGUUUGAUGCUGUAGGGUGGAGACAGAGUCAACAAGUUAACAGGAUUGAUUAGAUGCAGAAGAAGAAAAUAGUGACUGAGGUUUUUUGUUUGAGUGAUUGGGUGAAUGAGUAGCAGGUGUGAGCAGUUUUGUGUUUAGAAUCUGAGACAUCACAGUGGUUAUGUCAAGAUGAUGAUUGUAAGUCUGGAGUUCAGAUGAUAAGCCUAAGCUGAAGAUGUAAACACAUUUGACAGAGGAAUAUAUAGACAGUAUUUAAAUCACACUCAAUGUACUGAUAUAGAAAGAUAUCCACAAUGAAAAAAAAACAGCAUAACAGUAUGUUCAAUAUGAUUCCAAAUGUGACAGAAACUAUGUUUAUAUAGAUACACAUAUGUUGUUGAAGCAGAAAGUGCCUUGAAGAAAAUAGAUAUUGAACAGUAAUAGUCAUCUUUGGAGACUGGCAGGUAACAAAGAGAUGGAGACCAAUCUUUUUUAUUUACAACCUUGGUACAGUUGGUUUUUUUUUAAUUUUUAGAAUUUUAAAAUAAACUUAUCCACUAGGC